AUGUGUGAUUUCAGAAACAGUGAAAUCAAUUCUGCCGAUAAACAAACACUCAAUGGAAAGGUGUUGAAGCCCGAGAAUCUGUGUUUUGGAGUGGGAUCAGACGAGUCCAUCGAUGCCAUCAUGAGAGUACUGUGUGUUCCAGGCAAAGAUAAACUGCUGACAUGUCCACCUACCUACGGAAUGUACGCAGUUUCCGCCCAGAUCAAUGAUGUAGAGGUUGUCUCUAUCAACAUGAAUUUUAUCAAGGGCAAGUUCUCUAUCAAACCCGACGAGAUCAACGCCAGGCUCGCCGAAGACCCCUCCAUCAAACUGGCGUAUAUCUGCUCGCCAGGUAACCCUACAGGCUCACUUAUCGAGAAAGCUGACAUAAUUAAAGUGUUGGAACAUCCUACGUGGAACGGCAUUGUUGUUGUCGAUGAGGCAUACAUCGACUUCGCGCCUGAAGGCACGUCAAUGGCACCUCUUGUAAAUAAGUAUCCCAAUCUCCUGGUGAUGCAAACUCUUAGUAAAUCGUUCGGUCUUGCCGGUGUGCGAUGUGGUGUAUCAUUUGCAUCUCCUGAUCUAUCUCGUCUGCUAAAUAGCAUGAAAGCUCCCUACAACAUUUCUACUCCUACCGCUAGACUGGCUUCAAGAGUACUGUCCCCAGAAGGAAUCAAGGUCAUGAAAGGUCUUGUCAAGAAAAUCAUCGUCCAAAGAGACAGAUUGGUACGUGAACUGCCUAAACUUCAAGGUAUUGGCGAGUUUGUAGGCGGAGAGGAUGCCAACUUCUUGCUUGUCGAGAUCAUUGAUAAAGACGGCAAGCCUUCUAACGACAUUGCCCGUCAAGUGUACACUAAACUGGCCGAGUUCCGCAACGUCAUUGUAAGAUACAGAGGCAAAGAGCCUGGAUGUACUGGCUGUCUCCGUAUUUCUAUCGGCAACGAGGAAGAAACUACAAUUCUUCUCAAGGAGCUACAAUCGGUGCUCGCUGAAAUUUACAGCGAAUAG